AUUGAUUACACCAUUCCCCCAUUCUAUUUCCUCAACCCACCGGGACCCAGUUUCAACCGCCCUUCGAUGUACUUCAACUUACAUGAAUCUCUUUUUUUUCAUUUGUAGCUUGGUUCUACGUAAAACUACUUAAUCUACACAUGUCUGUGCUAAAUUAUUUUUUUUGAUUAAAGCAGUGGGCCAUUAUUUUAAUACGGCAAGUUUCGCAAGCAAAAAAAAACAAAAGAGUACCAGCAGAUUAUUCAAAGUUUUUGAGGGCUCAUCUCAUCAGGUCUCAUCCCUCAAUCGCUUCAACUGAAAAAAAAAAUAACGACUAUAAAAGCUUUUCGAACAUCUCGCUUCAAUCGAACUGAUUCCGUUCUGUUGGUCAAGUAAUCCAUCGACAAGAUUUGAAUUUCUACAUCAACUUCAAGCCUUUAUAGCUUGUACCUCUUUCCAAACCAAUCCCAACCGAAAUCACAACCAACAACAACAACAAAAAGUCAUUCUUGUUUACAUUUAUCCUUUCAAAAAGUUCAUCCACUUUUUUUGAAACAACCUAAAAUAUCCAACUAUGCCACAUUUGCAAAAUACUCUCGAAUCAAAACAAAUGACCACAAAGUUUCAUCAUCCAUUAAAACAACCCAUCAAUCCAUUAUUCUCAGCCCAUCAUGAAGAACCACAACAACAAGCAAUUGAAGUCAAUCAUCGAAGUACCACAAGUUUUUCAAAAAAACAAUUAAUAUAUCAAUUCAAAUCAACUGCACCAUCUUCAGUGUCACCCACCCAAUCCACUUCAUCUCUAUCACCUGUCCCAUCACCCAUGACAACGAUUUCAAAUGGAUCUAUCCUUUCUUCAUCUUCUUGUCACAAAACAAUUGAUCAUAAAGCUUCAUCAGAUCCGCCUACGAGUACAUUUUCUAAACCGUCUUGGUCUAAGAAAAAGUUUAGCUUCACCACUACUACUCCAUCACAUUCUCAAUCAGCUCCUAAUUCGAAAAAAUCUAUUCAAUCUCAACGAAAACAAUUUCCUACACCUCAUUCUUAUUACCCUUGGUUUAUUAAAUUAGAAAAUGAUGAAAAACAUCAUCCAUUUGAUCCUGAUCAAAUUCCAUAUUGGUUAUCAUACGAACCAGAAGUAAUGGAUCAUUAUACUUUAAUGAUGUAUGCAUCAUCAAAUGAUCCAUUUCGAUUACCAUUCACAGGUCCCACGAAUUCAGAAUUACCUAAAGUAAUAUUAGAUUUAGGUUGUGGCCCUUAUGGGACUUGGUCUCAUGCAGUAAUUCAAAAAUAUGGUGAUCAAACUCAAACUGAAUUAAAAGUCAUCGGAUUAGAUAUUUGUCCAGUUCAAUCGGUUUAUCAAAAUGAUGGGUUUCAUCAAUUACAAUUUAUUCAACAUGAUUUUUUGAAUUAUUUACUUCCUUUUCCUGAUGAUACUUUUGAUUAUAUUCAUUCAUCAUUUAUUGCAACAGGAGUACCGGAAGAUAAAUGGUCAAAAUUAUUAGAAGAACUUUUAAGAGUAUUAAAACCAGGAAAGAAAUUAGAAAUCAUUGAAACUAAUUUAAAUCCGAAUUUAAAAACGUAUGAAAUUUUAGAUACAAGAUUUAUUUCACCAUUUCCAUUAUCGAUCAUACCUGCACAAUUAUCUAUGUUAGAUGGUGGUAGUUCAGUUGAAAGAAGAAGAAUCGAAUUUGAAGAAAUCAAUCCAACAAGCCAACCUGAAGUCAAUCAAAACAUCUUUAUUUUAGAAAAUCAUGAUAAGGAACAAGACGAAAAGAAGAUCAAGAAAAGUAAGAAAUCAUUGGAUUUAAAUCAUCAAAUGAAUUCUAAUUGGAAUUUAUUAAAUCAUACACAUCAUUUAUCAUUAAAGGUAUCACAAGCCAGAGGAGCAAAGAAACCAUCUAAUCUAUCAAAACCUACACCUGCUUCUACUUUUACAGACACGACUUCAGGAAUGAUAUCUAAACUGUUGAUCGAAAGGUUCGGUUGGAACCCAGAGAUGGAUCAACGUUCCUUUCAAAGUCUCAAAAAACAAUACCAACAUUACUCAUCAUCAUUAACAUCGAUCGAAAUGAAAAUCUCAAAUUACAGAACGGUUUUAAAAACGUUUUAUAACUCCAAAGAUUUAUCUAUCAUCACCACUCAUUCAGCCACCGAGAGAAUCGAACAUAUUAAAGAAUUGAUCGAUAAACUUUUACUACAGAAAUCGGAAACUAAAAAACUCUUUCAAACUGUUCGAAAUGAACUUCAUAAUGUUAAGAAUCGAUUAGGUUGUGAAAUCGAUUUAGGUUAUUGUUUAGGUGUGGGUGAAAAGAACGUUGUGACGGAUGAUGAGAAAGUGGUUAAUGUUUCUAAAUCGAUCAGGAUCGAAUCUUUCUUGGUACUGAAGAAUUGAAUUCAAAACAAACUAAUUGUAGUGUUCAGUUUUUUGAUUAAACUUUUGAACAAUCAGAUCACUUUUGAUGAAUGAAAUUCUUUUGUUGUUUUGAAAUCCUGAAGAGAAUGCUGAAAAGAUUCAGAAAUUCUGUUGCUGCUGUUGUUGUUGUUGUUGUGACACUAAUCUUUCUUUCUUUUUUAUCUUUUGCUUGAAACAUUAUUGAUGAUAAUCUUUCACAAUGUACAUGUUUAUUUGAUUAGUUGAUAUGUUCAUCUGUCUAUUUAUAUAAGUGGUCUAUAUAUGUGUGUUCUUUUUCUUUUGAUUAAUCUGUUCCUUCUUUAUGAUUUCCUUUUUUCUUUUCUUAUUAAAAAUUUGUUGUUGAUAUGAGUAAACAAUCCUUUUUAAAAAAUUAAAUUAAAGUUUUUUAAUGAAAAUAUUGUUUUUUUUUGUCCGAUUACUUGCUAUUUUCAUCUGUGUAUUUAUUAAGUGGUCUAUAUAUAUAUAUGUUUUGUUUUUCUUUUUAUUGAUCUGUUCCUUCUUUAUGAUCCCUUUUCCUUAUUGAAAUUGUUGUUGUUAUGAGUAAAGAAAAUUUGGAAAAAAUUAAAUUGAAGUUUUUUAAUGAUC